AUGGAAGCAACGAGUGCUUCAUCGUCACUGGUAAACGACGUCGCCGAGGAAAUUCUCUUGCGACUUCCAGUGAAAUCACUAUUCCGAUUCAAGUCUGUCUCAAAAAAAUGGAGAUGUAUGAUCGAGUCUCGCUCUUUCGCAGAGAGACACUUGAAGAUCGCCGAGCGAUCCCACGUGGAAAAUCCCAAAGUCAUGGCCAUCAUCUCCACAGAACGUAACGCGUAUCAUCUAGACACUGACCUUUGUUUUAAGACAAUCUGUUCGGAAUCUGCUUCUCUUCUGUCCUCCACCAUAGUCAAUUUCCCUCAAGGGUUCGAUCACUGGAUCAACGUUUCUGAAAGCUGUGACGGCCUUUUCUGCAUCCAUUCCUACAGAUUACAAUCUAUAUAUGUAGUGAAUCCAGCCACACGGUGGCUCAGACAACUUCCUCCGGCUAGGUUUCAGAUUUUGAUGCACAAGUUUACACCCAUGAUUGGACAAGUUUUGGAACCCUUCCACAUGAUUGCCAUAAAAUCAGUCAGUCAUCUAGCAUUCGUGAAGGCGGAUGAUUACAAAUUAGUGUGGCUGUACAAUUCCGAUAAGUAUAACUCUGAUGCAUCCAGUCCAAACGAGGGACUUACCAAUUGCGAGGUUUUCGAUUUUAGGGCAAACGCUUGGAGAUACUUGACUUGCACUCCAAGCUAUCGUUUAUAUUAUAAACAGAGGCCAGCAUCUGCAAACGGGUCGGUUUAUUGGUUCACAGAACCAUACAAUGGCGAGAUCAAACUAGUAGCUCUCGAUAUUCACACCGAAACAUUUCGGGUGCUGCCUAAGAUUAACCCUGUUAUUGCUAGUUCAGAUCCUGACCAUAUUGGAAUGUGCGCUCUAGAUAAUGGUUUGUUCAUGUGGAAAAGGGAACCCGAGACCAUGGUCGAAUACAUUUGGAGGCUGAAACCAUCACAAGACACAUGGGAGAAUAUUUAUACCAUUGACUUGCUUUCUUCUAAUCCUCGGUGGCUUUACGAUACACCUAAUCGGACAGUACUGGUGGCGGUAUGCAAGAAGGAGAAGAUCUUGCUCAAUUUUCGCUAUGGCAAAGACCUGAUGAAAUAUGAUCCCCAAACAAAAUCUUUCUCUCCCAUUUUCAAAGAUUCUUGUAUAAAGUAUGUUCCUUACUUUCAAAGUCUCAUCUCUCAUAUAUAG